AUGGCUAUGUUUCCAUCGUAUAAAGAAAACAAACUACCACAUGAGAUAGCACUUAGUUCUCCGCCAAAUAUCGAUAUACAAGGUACUCAAGUACGUCGCUUCAUUGGUUCUAUAUUUGGACUUGCUGUGGGUGAUGCGUUAGGAGCUCGUGUAGAGUUUCGCCCUUACGAAUAUUUAGUCAAUAAUCCUGUUAAAGACAUGAAAGGUGGAGGUACUUGGGGACUUGAGGCAGGCCAAUGGACAGAUGAUACUUCUAUGGCGUUAUGCCUUGCUGCAUCACUAAUUACGAAAAGAUGCUACGAUCCGUAUGAUCAAAUGGUUCGUUACAAGUGGUGGUAUCGUUUUGGAUACUUGUCGUCUACUGGAAAAUGCUUCGAUAUUGGCAAUGCUACUCGCGAUGCAAUCGAAACAUUUGUAAAUCGUCAGCGCGAGUUGACUAAAUCUGCUAAUUUCCAAGGUAGUGACGUUGAUAGUCUAGAAUGGGCACAUGUUCAAGCUAGAAGUAACUUUGAAAUCGAUUGCAGUUCGCCAGGUGUAGCAGGAAAUGGAGCACUCAUGCGUCUUGCUCCUGUACCACUAUUUUUUUUUAAGCAUCCUCAACUUGCAGUAGAAUAUGCUGGUCGUAGUGCUCGUCUUACUCACGGAGAUACAAAAGCGGUCGAUGCAUGUCGUUAUUACGCUGCACUUAUUGUUGCUGCUGUUAACAAUGCAACAAAAGACGAACUUUUAAGCGAUCAGUUCUAUGAAAAGCAUAAGACAUGGUUUAGUUCAGAUGAUCUUUGCCGAGAAGUAUUGGAAAUCGCUCAUGGCUCAUACAGAAACAAGAAAGGUUAUAAGGGUGGCAUUCGAGGAAAAGGGUAUAUAGUCAGUGCUCUUCAAGCUGCAUUGUGGGCAUUUUGGUCCACUAAGGAUUUUGAAGAUGGCGCACUUGCUGCUGUUAAUCUUGGCGAUGAUACUGAUACAACAGCAGCGAUCUAUGGUCAAUUAGCUGGCGCUCACUAUGGAUAUGACCAAUUGCCCGAAAAAUGGACUAAAAAAGUUUAUGCUCAUGGUUUAUUAGUUCAAACUGGUCAAUGGCUUUACUGUCUCGGUUCAGAAUAUCAAUGCACCGACGAUGAACAGGAAUUUAUAUUAUCGGGGAAAACUCCCAUUGCAUCAACAACACCUCAACAAGGUACCAAGAAGAUGCUAGCGGCAACGCAGUCUUUAUAUCCCGAUACAAGAUCGAACUAUCAAACAGAUCUUCAUUCAAGAUUAUUGCAUCAAGACGAUUCCGGUCUAGGACAAGCGCUUACUCCAGAGACGCAGGUCGAAUCAACCCGUUUGUCAACGGACUACCGAACCCAAACUCGUCCGGCAUAUAGAAAUCCACGAUCCGAUCCAAGAUACUUUGUAAAUGCAGGUGAUUAUGGGCAUUCGUCACACGCAGAUUCUUUUACUUCACAGCGAUCAACUCCAUGGGAACUAAAAAGCUCAUCAUUGGCCAUAACAAAUACUAAUAGGUCUAAUACACCUCCCAAUAGUGGCCUCUUAGGAUAUCCACCGACCAUGACUCACAUCUCUACACAUGGACCAACGGGUAGACGGCUUGAAAGACAUUCUGAAAUAUCUAGCACGUCAACAGCGUAUAACUACCCCUCACAAAUGGUAACUAACACAGGUUUGAGACGCUUCGACCAUAGUGGAACCCAACGUGCUGACUCUACAGCAACUACUACUAGGAGUCGGGAGCAAUUGGAACAUUCAACAAUCAAUAAUGCAAUUUGGAAUAACACACACGGAACCUCAAAUUCCAAUCUCCGUUCAAACAAUAGAAAUUUUCCUCAAGUACCAAUGCGCUACGAUAUGCCUAGUACGGCAGCUAUUAAUCAGUACAGCUCUUACAAAAAAAAAUAA